CUCUCUUCCCCCGUCCGGCGGAUCCCAUCGCCCUCCCGCGCUGCUCUACCACUUCCACAUACGUACGCGCCCGGCGCGGAGCCGCUCGGCUCGGUUCGCCACCUCCCUCCCACUCUCUCUCACUGGCACUGGCUAGCUCGUCUCACUCUCCCUCGCUGAUGCCUAUAACUCCCCGCGCCACGCACCUCUCUUUCCCCCUCCCCGCGUUCCCACACCGCCACGCGCAUACAGACUCCACGGCCCCGCACUGUUCCUCGAGCUGGAGCGUGGGCUCGCGUAGCCUCGCCCGUUCAUGAGCGGCGGCGAGUCGGCGGCCUCGCGCGAGGGGGAUUGUAGGCAAUGAGGCUGUACAUCACGGCGGCGGCCGCCGACGACGACGCGACGAAGCCGAAGGCGCCGCAGCAGCUGCAGGCGGCGCGGCGAGGUUACCGUUCCGUUGUGGUCACGGGGCUCCUGGCCGGCGUUCUCCUCUUCCGCGCCGCGCUCCUCGCCAUCGAGACCGGCGCCUCCCUCUGCCCUUCCGCCACCGGUUGCUCGGACUGGAGCGCGGGGCUCGGGCGCUGGCUCUACGGCGGCGGCGGCGACGCGACGGAGGAAUUUAUGAAAGAGUGGAAGAGAAGCCACAGGGUAGCUACCCUGUUGGACCCCGUGGUGGUGGAAGCGGCACCAGAUUCCUUGGACGAUCUCAUGGUGGAGAUGGACACCAUUCUGGCGUCCUAUGAUCGGCUUGACAUGGAGGCCGUGGUGGUCAAGAUAAUGGCCAUGCUGCUAAAGAUGGACCGGAAGCUCAAGUCGUCAAGAAUCCGAACUCUGUUCAACCGGCACCUGGCCUCGCUCGGCAUCCCCAAGAGCAUGCACUGCCUGGCGCUGCGGCUGGCCGAGGAGUUCGCGGUGAACUCCGCGGCCCGCUCCCCGGUACCGUUGCCGCAGUACGCCCCUCGCCUCACCGACGCCUCUCGCAUCCACGUCUGCCUCGUCACCGACAACGUUCUUGCGGCCGCCGUCGCCGUGGCGUCUGCCGUCCGGAGCUCGGCCGGUCCGUCGAGGCUCGUGUUCCACGUCGUCACCGACAAGAAGAGCUACGUCCCGAUGCACUCGUGGUUCGCGCUGCACCCGGUCUCUCCGGCGGUCGUCGAGGUCAAGGGCCUCCACCAGUUCGACUGGCGCGACGGCGAUGCCAUCGCCUCUGUCAUGAGGACCAUCGACGAGGUCCAGAAGAGCUCGCUGGAUUACCACCAGCUGUGUGAUGGAUCGGUGGAGAGGGAGUACAGAAGGCUUGAGGCCACCAAGCCAAGCACGUUUUCGAUCCUCAACUAUCUCAAAAUCCAUCUCCCAGAGUUCUUCCCGGAGCUCCCGAGGGUGAUACUGCUCGACGACGACGUCUUGGUGCGCAAGGAUCUGGCCGGGCUGUGGGAGCAGGAUCUGGACGGGAACAUCAUGGGCGCGGUCGGCGCGCACCGGCCCGGCGCAGACGGUGGCAUCUGCAUCGAGAGGACGCUCAGCGAGCACCUCAACUUCUCUGACCCUGCAGUGUCGUCGCUAGGCCUCGACGGUUCGAACUGCACGUGGUCUUGGGGCGCCACCAUCGUCGACCUCGACGCUUGGCGAGGAGCGAACGUCACCGAGACGUACCAGCUAUGGCUGCAAAAGAACCGCGAAUCGGGGUUCAGGCUGUGGAAGAUGGGAUCGCUGCCGCCGGCUCUGAUAGCGUUCGACGGCCGGGUGCAGGCGAUCGAGCCGCUGUGGCACCUGCCGGACCUCGGCUGGCGCAUGCCCGACGCCGAGCUGCUGCAGCUCUCCGCCGUCCUGCAUUUCAGCGGGCCGCGGAAGCCGUGGCUGGAGGUGGCGUUCCCGGAGCUGCGGGAGCUGUGGCUCGGGCACUUGAAUAACUCGGACAGCUUCCUACGAGGCUGUGGCGUAGUGGAAUGACGGUAAUGGAACAGGGAGAAGAUUCAAGCUGGAAAAGGGGAUACGUACAGUGAUCCGGUGCAAGAAUCGGGUGCGGCGCUGGGUUUGUGAGGAGAGGGAAGUAGGUGCUGCCUUCAGCCUUUCCUCGACCUGGCUCUGCCAUGUUUGCUGGUUUAAUGCCACUGAGUAGAAACUACUCAUGGCGUAUACAUAUAUAUAACUGGGAUAUUUAUUUGUUAUUAGUUACAAAACGGAAAGUGGAAAUUGCAGAAGUUGUAGCCACGAGAUAAUUUUUCUUUGGCUCCAAUGAUGAACUCACUGUAUGGAACUAUGGUUCAUUUAAGAGUCAAAUACAUUACUGGUA